CUGAAGACUGUUUCAUCUUCCCGCAGAAAAUAGGGUGUCGAAACUGUCUUAUAACCUCAGUUAUAUUUAUUACUACUUAAAGAUCGAAGAUGUAUUUCUUAUGAUAAUUGUGAUUUUAUUUGUGCAAAGGUUGUUCUAAGUGAUGUUGUGUAAGAUCAACCGUGUUCUUGCGGUCGUUCUGUAGCAUUUUUAAAAAUUAAACAUGGCCUCGAACCGUGGAAUUCAGAUUGGAUCCGCGUGGUUUCAACGGAAGCUAAACUUGAGACCGCAACACCGAGGCGUGCACCUUGUUACCGAGGAAAUCCUCAAGCAGGUGCCGGAGCUGUCUCAGUUUGCGGUCGGUCUUUGCCAUAUUCAAAUAAUGCAUACUUCAGCAAGUCUGGCACUUAAUGAAAGUUGGGAUCCUGAUGUUAGAGACGACAUGGAGAUGAUGCUCAACAAAAUAGUACCAGAAGGCCUUCCCUAUCGCCAUUCUUGUGAAGGACCUGAUGAUAUGCCAGCGCAUGUGAAAGCAUGUUUCCUAGGAUCAUCUCUAACAAUCCCAAUCACAGACGGCAAAUUAAACCUUGGAACAUGGCAAGGAGUUUGGUUAUGUGAACAUCGGAAUCAUGCUGGCAGCCGAAAGGUUGUGGUAACCCUUUCCGGUUGUCCGCGGGAUUCCCCACUGUCGCCGGUAUCAGCCGCCUCUUGCUCCAGUUAGGAAAGGGGGGGGGGCGCGACCCCCCAUACGCACUCCCACUCGCGCCCCUCCUCCAAAAGCACGCGGAGGUAAACCCCGCGUAACACCUUUUAUAUCCCACACAUAACUUAGAUGUUAGUCCUUAUUCUUACCUUAAAAUGACAAUAUGUACAUAAGAUAAAUAUUUUGUAACGCUUUGCAUGGCAGUUUGCAUGAGCCUCUUCCUUCAUCUGUGCUUUAAUGAUCAAAAUUUUUAUUUUUUAUUUAAUUAACUGUUAUCCUCAUACAAAAUUCCAUUGACUAUUGCAUAUGAACUACGAUCCCAAUGUCCUAUUCCGCCUCACUGUCAAAUUGCCAUGCAAUGUAUAAAGCCCUAUUAAUGUUAUGUUCACUUAACAUGAGCUGAACCCGUUGAAUUUGUACAUAAGUAUAAUGUACGACAAUUAAAAGUAUACAUGAAGUAAUAAAAUUGUUGUUUUGUUAUUGCAACUUGUCGAUAUUGUACAUAGAUCACGCGUGGAGAUUGCAAUAUAAUGCUUUGUAGGUUCGGUUGUUAUACGGGUUGAUGUUAACGGUAUUUUUAAACAUAACUAAGUGCAAUGAACAUAUGUAUGCUGGUUAGAAUGAAUUAAUUUAUAUAAAUUAUAUAUUUUCACUGUGCACUUGUUUAAAUUCAAAAAGCCCACUGGGGAGGUAUAGUUUUUUAACAACACAAUGUAACACUUUUUACAUCGGACACUAAUUUUAUUACACAAACUUUGUCUGUAAAGUCACUGGUUAACUGUUCAUGUAACAUAAGGUGCAUAUAAAUAAGCAAUUAGUUAAGUGCAUCUAAAUUCUUUCUUUCUUCAUGUUUAGGUUAGAUAGAACAUGAAACAUGUCCAUAGCUUUAAAUGUAACUUGUAUCAACGGGUCAUCUGCAUGACGGAAGCGAGGGAAAAAUCACCAAUUAGUAUAGUAGUUAUAUCAUUACUGAUAAGGUCAUUUAAGUGCCUCGAGUCCCUUGAGGUGGUUACGUGUUCAUUUGCAGACAUGUUUCAUACACUUUAUAUGUUGAAAGUCAUAUUGAUGGACUGAUUCCUCUCCAUAUACAUAUAUGUGCAUGUAGAUGCAAUCAUUGGUGGGAACCUUUUUAACUGUUCAUAUCAGUUUAAUUGAUAUAUAUAUAUCAACAAUGUUUUUAGUUGCAUAUUGAAAGCAUAUAUAUGUAUAGUUGUAUGUCUUCCUAUGCAAGUUCAUCAAGAUCCAGUUUAGUGUAAUUAUGAAGAUAAAGUUACUGAAUAUGUGAACGGUAUUAGGGUAUGUCAACACCUCUAUAUCCGGCCACAAUAAAAUUUAGGCUGUAACAAUAUUACGAUAGGAAGCUUCAGUACCAAGUGUUUGGUGGCUUAGGAAUAGGUGUUAAUAUAGAAGUGUAAAAUGGAUUAACCAAUAGCAAGUGUCGUUUUUAUAUGAAUCGAAAUGUAGAAUAUUUUAUCGUGAGGUUUCUUACUGAGUCAUUUAUAUAUCUGUAAUAUCAAUGUGUAUUAAUUUUUAUUUUUUAAAAAAUUACGUUAGCAAGAGCUUAAUAUUGGAAUGGAAUAGGAUAUAUUCUUCUAUUCAUAUUGGCAAUAAGCUAUGUAUUUGAGGUUUUAAUUUAUUUUUACUUUGAAAGUGUUUGAUCCAUCGUCAUUGCUUUUACUGCACAAUGUAACCGGGAAAUAGUUAUGUCUUAAUGCAAUAUAAAUAGUAGAAUAUGGGUUAGGUGGUACAUAGUAUUGUCUGCGGGAGUGACUGGGAACUCUUGUAUUGCCCGUCCGGGGUACAUUUUAUACACGCACAAAGAGGGCAGGCCGCAGACGCGUAAUUAUUCUUUUGAUACCGCAUUGUAUAAAGAGUAGAUGACACAGACACGAUCCGUUUUCCCGCCAACUAUUUUAAUCUUUGUCUCAUCUUCAUAUUAACUCUUUUGUUGGAUAUUCAAUGUCAGAUUAAGUUUCUAUAUCUAGUUUGCAUCAACAAUAUAUUUGAUAUAUCCAAAUAUGCUUAUCAAUACAAGUUUGUAAUAAUUAAGCACAAAUUAACAAUUAAUUUCUCACUUAGAUCGCCUUGGUAAUGUUUCACAUUUUGUCUUUUUGGAUAGGAUUUUUGGAUGAGGGUUCGGGGCUGGUUUGAUAAGUGCUUUUUAACAAUAUUUAAGGUUUGUAUAUAUUUUUUGCAAUAAAAUAACAUGUAUGUAUAACAAUAUCCAUGUAAAUAAUAUUUAUUCAUGUAUAAAAGAUGUUGAGUGCCGUUUGUGUGUGGGUGUAAAGCCACUGCCAUAAACAAAUUUGCCUCUUUACAAUAUUAUAUUGGAUAUGAAUAUUAUUUUGGCAUGUUAUUGUCAAUUUGAUGUUUUUUUAUUAAGUCACUACCUUAUAAAUAUAUAUGUAGGUAUAGGUAUAGUAAGUUUUCCAAAGUGAAAUGGCUGUAGCGACUGGUUCGCUUAGAUUUAUCUUACAUUCCUUUUUAUACAUACAUUUUUCCAUACAUUCCCUAGUGUCCACGGGAUUGUACGAUUUUGAUUACCGCUUUUAUAGCAGCCCUGCAAUAUCAGGGUCAAAAUUAUAAAGUACAUUCUAUAAAACCUUUUUUGUAUUGAAAUGUAUAAGUUUUGUUCAUAUGUGAAGUUAUUUCAGUUAAAAACUGAAGCAGUAAGAGGUUCCAUUUAAAUAUUGCAAUGUUAAUUUUUUCUGGUACAAUUAACCGUGGACGCGUGAUUACAUUUUGUUUUCUCAAAGCAUUUUAUUUAGCCUAUAAAUACUGAGUACUGACCCAUUUUAGGCUGUUUUUUAACAACGAAUGUCUAGAGAUUAACCUUUAAGUCGAAAAUUUUCAACAAAAUGUCAUGUUUUAGAUGUUGUACAACCUUAACCUAUGUACAAUCUGUGUUCUGUUAUUUUGUUUUAAGUGGAAAUUUUCUAAUCAUAACCACAUACAGUCUAUUUAUUUUUUUCAUGAAAAAAACACCAAUAUACAUUAACUACCGAAAUUUUUGGUAGCUUAAGAAAGUGUGAUACUUUUUAUAGAAUAAAUGCGUAUAGAUAAAAUUUACUAACACUGGAUAUCAAAUUUAUUAUAAGUAUAGCACACACUGCACCAAUUUUCGAUUCAUUGUUUAUGAUAAAAUUAUUCUGGAAAUCCAUUGAUUCUGUCUACAUCAUUCCUGAGAGAAAUUGGUGUGAUUUUUAAUUCAGUUUUCCAUUGAAAGUGUGACAUCAAACAUGAUGUCAUAGUUUUUAACUAAAAGUGGUUGUAAUAAUUGUGUUAUGUUUUUGGAAAUACUUUCAUAAUAUAUCUUGAAUAAACAAAAAAAUUUAAAUAUUAAUUGUUUUAUAAAAAUAUACAUACAUACAGGAUUCAAUAUUGUUUUCAUACGUUUUUUAAAAAGGUUAUCUUUUUAUCCACAAAAUUAUGAUUAGUUUAGAUGUCGCAAUGUUAUACUAAUAAAAUAUUUUCUGUAUUAAAAUAUAGCGAAAUGGUAACAAAUUUACUGUAUGUGCACGAACUUACUGUAAUAAUAAUUUAUCAACGUAAGAAAAAAUGAUUUAUUAAUAUUGCACAUAGGAAAUUGAGGUUGUAAAACAGGUUUAAAUAAAAUAACCAAUAUGUGAGACAAAUAAUUUGUGUGUAAUAUUGUUUAAGAACAAUAAAAAAUAUGGUAUUGUAUGAUUGUAUGUACAGAAUAUAAAAUUCAAAACAUGUCAUGUUCUUUAUCAGUUGUCAACUUGUCAGUUUGACAGUCCGCUAAAAGUGACAGCUGGAUGUCAAAUGUAUCAUAUAACUUGUACAAUAUAAAAUAUUAUAGAUCCCACGAUUAUAAAAGAGAAUUAAAUAUUUGCAAAAGUU